GAUCGACCGGUAGGUAGCUGGUAAGUUGUACGCACGCGGCCUCGCACUCCACCAAAGCUCCCGAAUCCCAAGUCCCCAAUGGCCUGCCUUUUUCGAGCCCAUCCUUCGGCUUCGCGCCACGUACGUCCGUCCACCGCGACAGCUCCAUCAUCCAUGGCGGCGGCGGCAGCAGCAGCGACGAUGAUGUUCCGCUUCGUCGUCCUCCUCGCGCUCUGCUCCGUCGCGUUCGUGGCGCUGCUGCGGGGUUCCUACGGCCCGGAGGAGCUUGUCGCCGGCCCGGGCUUCUCGAGGCUCCUGCGGGUGAGCUCCCUCUUCGUGCAGGACAUCACGGUGAGGACGGAUGAAGAAGAAGAAGGAGAAGGGCCCGGGGGAGAGAAGAAUGGGCUCGUGCUCUACGGGCUGGCCGGGGCGCCGCGCCUCCUCGGCGCGCCGGCCGCGUCGUGGACGACAAUGCGGGCUCGCCGCAUCUUCGUCGUGCCAGCUAACUCUCACAGGGAACGGGUUUAUUUCCUGAACGAAGGGAGUCAAAUCCAAGUCGAUUACAGUGUCGACACUGGAGCUGAACUGAUCUAUCCACUUCACAUCAUCAUUGCACAAGGGAAGGAAAGAUUCACGGAAUGGACAGCCAAUCUAUCAGUUCAUAACGCCACGUUAUCAUGGCGCAUUGUGCACGGAAUCGGAACAGUUAAGCAGUCGAUCGUUUCCUCUAGCGACUACUACUACGUCGCCGUGGGCAACUUGAACGACCAAAACACAACGGUGACGCUGGAUUUCAGGAUCAGGGCCGCGUUCUACGACACCACGGGAGCAGACUACGCGUGCUCGCCGGCGCCCGACUCCCCUUGCACAUACAGGUUACCCAUUCUGGGACACAACGCCGUGGUCCUGUCAUCUGGUAGUACCGUCAAACAGAGACCGGAUUCUGACGACGAACAGCAAGUGAAAGUGAAGCUGUCGUACGGGCCGCGCUGGAUAGUGUUCGUCACCGGAUCAACGAUCCUGGCGGUCAUCCUGCUGCUGCUGUACGAGGUGAUGAGCGCGCUGUUGGGUUGCUGCAACGCCGGCGGUACUACUUCCGGCGGCGGCGGGGACGACCAGAGGAGGACGUCGCUGCUGGCGGCGGGGAGCAAGGAAGGGGAGGAGGCGAGCUUGGGCUCGUCCUAUGACUCCGUCUCCGACGACGGCGGCGAGGACGUAGAGGGAGGAGGAAAUUACGACGAGGAGGGGCGGCGGCUGUGCGUUGUCUGCUGCGACGCACGCAAGGACUGCUUCUUCCUCCCUUGCGGCCACUCCGCCACCUGCCACGCGUGCGGCACCAGGGUUCUGGAAGAGGGAGAUGGAAGCUGCCCGUUCUGCCGGAGGAAGCUCAAGAAAGUGAGGAGGAUCUUCGCCGUAUGAAUAUGAUGGUCGCAUGGCCGGCCGGCUGCCCUGCUCCGGUGAUGAUCUCUGCGGAGUGACCAUUGCCCGGAUUUGGAUGAACAGCUAUUUUGGAUGACUGUGAGAGCCAAAAAGGAAGCGACUCAACGUUUUGAAAAUUAGUAUCGCCCACCGUGGGGCUCGAACCCACGACCACAAGGUUAAGAGCCUUGCGCUCUACCAACUGAGCUAGACGGGCUUGGCGAAAGGAAAUGAAAUGAUAACUAUAUCACUAUUGUACAAUGUUCACGUUGAACAUAUUAAGUGUACUUCUUGGAGAUGUAGGAAC